AUGUCCACCACAGCCAAAGUGCCCAUUGUGCCCACCUUCCUGUACGCCACAGAGUUCAAACAAGUCAACACUUCUCAGUACCUGGGUCCUGCCAUGACUUCCCAGCAUGCCCUCACUUCGUCUACCUUUUCUACCAUCUUCUCCUUCUUUGACAACAAUACCAUGGCUAUUGAAGAAACUGCGCCCAGUAGCACAGCAUGGAUGAAUGACACUUCUGGCACCAUUUCCCCUCCAGUCACUGAAGCCAUCUCAGUGCGUAAAAACAACUGCUUGCAAGGCACAGAGUUCUUGAAGGAAGAGAACAUACGGGUCGGGUUUCUGUUUGCUUCAAAGGCUCUGAUGCAACUUCUGGUCAACCCAUUUGUGGGGCGUCUCACCAACAGGAUUGGAUAUCACAUUCCCAUGUUUGCUGGCUUUGUUAUCAUGUUCUUCUCCACAAUUAGUAAGUAAUUUUUCCUUCCCCUUUUCUUCCCUUCGAGCUUCCGUAUGCUAACUCCAUCUGUUCCUCUCUCUUCAGGUCUUGGAAUGCUGGCAAGUGUCUACACCAAUGACUAUGAACGGGGGCGUGCCAUGGGAAUAGCUCUGGGAGGCUUGGCUUUGGGACUGCUGGUGGGUGCUCCCUUUGGAAGUGUGAUGUAUGAGUUUGUUGGGAAGUCUGCUCCCUUCCUCAUCUUGGCCUUCCUGGCAGUACUGGAUGGAGCACUACAGUUCUGCAUCCUACAGCCUUCAAAAAUCUCCCCUGAGAGUGUCAAGGGGACUCCGCUCUUCACACUUCUCAAAGACCCUUAUAUCCUGGUGGCUGCAGGCUCCCUCUGCUUUGCCAACAUGGGGGUGGCCAUGCUGGAGCCCACCCUGCCCAUCUGGAUGAUGCAGACCAUGUGCUCCCCCGAGUGGCAGCUGGGUCUGGCUUUCUUGCCUGGCAGUCUGUCUUACCUCAUUGGCACCAACCUCUUCGGUGUAUUGGCCAACAAGAUGGGCCGGUACGUUCCUCUGGCUCACAAUAUUUCUGGCCUCAUUGGCCCCAUUGCAGGGCUUGGCUUUGCCAUAGGCAUGGUGGAUUCCUCUGUCAUGCCCAUCAUGGGACACCUAGUAGACCUGCGCCACACCUCUGUGUAUGGGAAUGUCUAUGCCAUCGCUGACGUGGCUUUUUGCAUGGGCUUUGCUAGACCAGAAGAGAUGUGCAAUGUUUUCUCUUCCUGCCCCUCACUGCAGGCAAUUCUGAGCCAGGACUGCCCCAUGGAGACCCGGAUGUACGCAACCCAGAAGCCCACAAAGGAGUUUCCCCUGGGGGAGGACAGCGACGAGGAACCUGGCAGUGCGGAGUAGCAACAGCUGGUUCCUGAGCCUUGGCACAUGGGGUGCUCAACUGGCUUUACUUCUCUCUUCCCUGGGAAUCUCCUUUCCUCCCCUCCCACAGGU